AUGACUUCGUACACGGAUGUAACGGGCGCUGCGGUGCCGGGCAAAUUGUCCAAGUCGCGAAGCAAACCAGUGGUGAAGCCGAUACUGAAGAAGCUGUCGCACUCGGAAAAGAACUCGUUGGAUUUGGACCGUGGUUGGGAUGAGCAGCAGACGAUGUUUGGAAACUAUGGGAGCAGUUUGGGUGGUGGCAGCCUGGGACGAGAGAGGGAAGGAUCUUUUGGGGGAAGGGACGUCAGCUUCAGCAUCUCGGCCACCGAACUUCACCAUAGCGGCAGCAUCAACAACGGAAGGAGCAAAUUCUCCCACGCCCGUUCGACCAGCGGCACCUCCCACGUCAGUGUUGCUACAAGUGGCAGUGGCCAGCGAAACGGCAGCUUCGUCCACCCUUUCCAACAAACACCGCGUACCUCAACACCACCUCUCUCGUACGCCAAUUCUCUCGCCAGCAUCGAACACGCCAACAGCAAUAGCAACACCAAUAUUUCUGCCGGCAUUCCUGCUCCCCGCGACUACUCCCCGACAAUAACAGAAGACGACGACGAUCUGCUCGAUCAACAUUAUUUACAUCAUCGCAGCAAUUAUCACCCGCCAUUACCCUCAUCUUCUGCAAUCCCCAUCACCAGCAAUCCUUCCUCCUCUUCUUACCCCAGGCGACCCUCACUGGCAAGCCGCACUUCCUCUCUAUCUGAUAUCAACAACCAUACUGGUCCUCCGUCGUUGCGCAUCAACACCAGUCGUACAAAUUCAAACACUACCUCAUCACGACUAGUCCACGUAUCUAGUCACUCGGAUAUCAACAUCUCAGCAGGCAGGCUUUCAGAGUCAGCUGCCCCCAGUAGUACAGCACCUGUACUUUCACCUUUAUCCUCAGCUUCACCCUCAACCUCCGUCACUGCCAUGUCGCCUCUUCGCACCUCUAUCGACGGCUUCCGCCUUCGCUCUCGUUCUGAGCUUGACUCCAACUACCACCAGGAGCGUAUCCGCCAGGAGCGCCGCCGCUGGGAGGAGAAGGAGCGUCAGAAGAGUGAGAAGAAAGAUAAGAAGGACAUGCGCGACCGAGAGCGUGCCGACUUCAAAGAGGCACAGCGCUAUGAGCGUGAGCAGCACCAGAUGAUGAAGAGAGAGGCAAAGGAGGCUGCCCGAAAGCAGAGCUUCUCCCACAGCACCCGUAACAGCUCCAGCGACAUUAUCCGCCCUUCCAUCAGUCGCAAGAAGACUCCCUCGGAUGCCAAGAAGGCCACUACCGAUGCUGAGAAGCUGGCCAUGGGUGCCCAGGGCGACGUUGGAUUUGCCAGCCGCAACUAUGCCAGCACCAACCAGGGUCAAGAGCCUGUUGCUGAUGAGCUCAUGUUCGAAGGUCCCCGUCGCUCCCAGACUGCCAAGCGCAAGACGCAGGGUGCCUGGACGAGCUUCGUUCUUUGGUUCCGGACUAGAAUUCUGCGCCUCCAGACCAACAUGGCCAAGAAAUAA